UAGACCGGCAGGUUAACGAACUCGUCUUUUUCUCUGGUUUCUUUUCGUUUAGAUUGUCCCACGUUGCUUACUCUAGUGACGUCAAUUUAGAGGGACAAGCAACAAUGGGUCAAAGUCAGAGUGGGGGCCAUGGACCUGGAGGAGGCAAGAAGGAUGACAAGGAUAAGAAGAAGAAGUAUGAGCCUCCUAUCCCCACCCGAGUUGGAAAGAGGAAGAGGAAGAGCAAGGGACCAGAUGCAGCCAGCAAACUACCUUUAGUCACCCCUCACACCCACUGCAGGCUGAAGCUGCUGAAGCAGGAGAGGAUCAAAGACUACCUCCUGAUGGAGGAGGAGUUCAUCAGGAACCAGGAACAAAUGAAGCCCCUAGAGGAGAAACAGGAGGAGGAGAGGUCCAAGGUGGAUGACCUGCGAGGAACUCCCAUGUCAGUGGGGAACCUGGAGGAGAUCAUCGACGAUAACCACGCCAUCGUGUCUACGUCAGUGGGCUCUGAACACUACGUCAGCAUCCUCUCCUUCGUAGACAAAGACCUGCUGGAGCCCGGCUGCUCCGUUCUGCUCAACCACAAGGUCCAUGCGGUGAUUGGUGUCCUGAUGGACGACACUGAUCCCCUGGUCACAGUUAUGAAGGUUGAGAAGGCGCCUCAGGAGACCUACGCUGAUAUUGGAGGACUGGACAGCCAGAUCCAGGAGAUCAAGGAGUCAGUGGAACUGCCCCUCACCCACCCUGAGUACUAUGAGGAGAUGGGCAUUAAGCCUCCCAAAGGAGUUAUCCUCUAUGGAGCACCUGGCACUGGAAAAACCCUUCUGGCCAAGGCGGUGGCCAAUCAGACGUCGGCUACGUUCCUGCGUGUGGUUGGUUCUGAGCUGAUCCAGAAGUACCUGGGAGAUGGGCCCAAGCUGGUCCGAGAGCUGUUCAGAGUGGCAGAGGAACACGCUCCAUCUAUUGUCUUUAUAGAUGAGAUAGACGCCAUUGGCACUAAACGAUAUGACUCUAACUCUGGAGGAGAGCGUGAGAUCCAGAGGACCAUGUUGGAGCUGCUCAACCAGCUGGAUGGGUUUGACUCCAGAGGAGAUGUCAAGGUGAUCAUGGCCACCAACAGGAUAGAGACCCUGGACCCUGCUCUCAUCAGACCGGGGCGUAUUGACAGGAAGAUUGAGUUCCCUCUGCCCGAUGAGAAGACCAAGAGGAGGAUCUUCAACAUCCACACCAGCAGGAUGACAGUGGCCGAUGACGUCACCUUGGACGACCUGAUCCUGGCCAAGGAUGACCUGUCAGGGGCUGACAUCAAGGCCAUCUGUACCGAGGCAGGCCUCAUGGCCCUGAGGGAGCGCAGGAUGAAAGUCACCAAUGAGGAUUUCAAGAAAUCCAAGGAGAACGUGCUGUACAAAAAGCAAGAGGGCACACCAGAGGGCUUGUACCUGUAAUUUCUGACUGCCAACCUUUAACCCCUGACCUGUACCCUAUCCACAGUUUGAAAGAGGAGUAAGCUGUCUCAUCAAAGAGUAGAGAGUUCUGAUAUAUUUUGUUGCAUGUUAUGUUUGGCUUCACUUCCCAUUGUCUACUUUAUGUACUCUGAUAAUAAAUACAAGAAUUUGAAUGUGA